AUGGACUGGAAAAAGUCCCUAGGGUUUACGGAUCGUCUCAGGACUAUUCAGUCACUUACCUCCGCCUAUCAACAGUCAUCUUCGUCGGCUGCCUUCACCGAGGCCCAAGCACAGGCCAGACAAUGUGAAACUGCUUUCUACGACCAGGCUACCUCCAAGAAAGAGUAUGACCAUUUGUGUCAACAAGCCAUCGAUGAGGCGGAAAUAUCCAAAUCCUCCACUUCGGCUACCAUCAGCUCGGACCAACAACCAGAUGAUCAUGUCCACCAAGAGCUAGAUAUAGAUGCAUCGUCAUCUAUAAACCCAUCGGUCGGUCAACAAUUCGGCCAAUAUGCAUCAUGCUUCCAUCAUUUUGAUGGACUUCAUUCUACCAUUUAUAAGUCAACCGCCAAGGAUGGCACGGUACGAGCCGUCAAAAUCACCAUUCCGCAUCUCAUGACAGCUCCUCACGAUGCACCACGAGAGGCACGGUUACUUCGUGAAGCAAGCAGUGAAAAGGUCAUCCCGUUAAUUGAGACCUUUACUCUCGAUGGAGGUCGACUAGUGUUGGUCCUUCCCUUCCUGCGGUACGAUUUUGAGCACCUACUGCGACGAGAUAUGGUCACUGCGACACAGACGCGACACAUUCUACGCGAUUUGUUUCAGGCGAUUGCUCAUAUUCACAAGCUCGGCAUUAUCCAUCGGGAUAUCAAACCGUCCAAUAUUCUGAUGGACUCACCCGAAGGCCCGGCCUACUUAGCCGACUUUGGCAUCUCUUGGAAAGAAGGAGACCCAGGCUCCGAGCCGGCCGACCAGAAGAUCACAGACGUGGGGACUACAUCCUACCGUGCCCCCGAGGUACUCUUUGGGUAUAGGGGAUAUGGUACCGGGUUAGAUCAGUGGGCCGCGGGUUGUGUUGUGGCAGAAGCUCUCACGGUCGGACACGGGCAGCUAUUCGAUUCCGGGCCCAUUGGGAGUGAUCUGUCGCUUAUUUUCUCAAUUUUCAAGGCGCUGGGAACCCCUGAUGAGAAGAAUUGGCCUGAGAUACUCAAGUUGCCGGACUGGGGCAAGGUGGAGUUCCACCCGUUACCAAGUCAAUCUUGGGACGACAUCCUGCCGGGCUCAUCUUCCAACGGGCGGGAUUUGGCCCUCCGACAUCCUUACUUCUCCACACAUUAA